UCAAAGCAAGACUUUUGUCCUCUCAAUCUUGUCAAAACACCUCCUUCCGCUGUUGCAAACUCGAAAAGCACAAACAACCCUCCAAACCACAAAGCCACCUCCACAAAGUCAAACACUACACGAAAUCAGCCAUGCCCGCAACCCGCCCCCACACGCACUCCCAAACCCCAACACCAACACACAUCCACACCGCAAUAAUCGCCAGCACAGUGCUAAGCAUCAUAUCCCUCCUAACCCUCAUCAUCGUCCUACUCGAGCGACGCAAGAAAGCGCAAACAACACCGAAAGCCCCACGCUCAGAAACUACAUCCACAUCGCUCGUGGGACAGAUCAGGACGGGGAUGCGAGGUGCAUGCCGGAACAACGAUGGAAGGAUAGGGGAUUUGGAGGUGGGGGUUAUUCGGGAGCCGGCGCCGGUUUAUUCGCGGGAGUGUGUGGGGGGUGAGAGGAGGGUGGCUGUUUGUGUUGAGGAUGUGGGUGGGGAGGGGUGGAGGGAAAGUGAGGCUGGGGAGAAGGCACCGCCGGGGUAUGAGGAGCGGGUGGAAGAGGGCGUUGUGGAGAGGGAGACCAUGUGGAGGAGGAUCUGGAAGGCGAUGCGGGGGCCUGCGCGUUGGUAGAUAUUUGGUGUGUGUUUUUUUAGGGUGCUUGGGACUAUUUUGUGCUGGUUAGCGGGAGGAGUAUGGCGUUAUUUGGGUUACGGAGGGCGAAGAACAUCUACUGUUGCGAAAGUUCAUGAUUUUAGCCAGUGGAAUUUUGAAUUGGAAUACGUUGUUCCACAAUUUUGAUUUUGGGAACUGAGGAUCGGUUUGGUUCAUCUGCGUC